AAUCACUUAGAUCAUAACUCCAUAAAAUUCAAAUUCAACAGAAUUAGCCAUUUUAGAAGCUGUUUUUCUUCACCUGUUCUGAAUGUUUCUGAUAUGAAUUUGUUAAAUUCUGAUCUGGUCUAAUCUGAAUCUUUCUGAUCUGAAUAUUUCUGAUAUAAACUCAUCUGAAUAAAAGAAGAAUAAAAAAUAAGUAAUAAAAAUAAGAAGAACAAAAUAACUUCUUAACCCAUAUCAAUGAUUCAAUGUUGCAAAAGUUUUUCCAAAAAUAAUUUGGGUUUAAUGCACCAAACCCCCCUGUGAUUUGGAAAUUCGGCGCAUUAGCCCUCUGUGAUUUAAAAAAUGCGUCAAACCCCCCUGUGUUUUAAUUAAUCAUGCGCCAAAUCCCUUAUGUGAACAAAUUCAAUUGUCAAAUAAAAGAAAAAUGAUUAACAUUUUUGUAUGAUUCAGAGAUUUUGACAUAUUUAUUUGCAUAUUCAAUCAAAAUAUUAGGAAAAGUGAUUUUCAAAUCGUUAAAUUUAUUCAUAAAGGGGGUUCUGUGCAUGAUUAAUUAAAACACAGGGGGGUUUGACGCAUUUUUUAAAUCACAGGGGGCUAAUGCGCCGAAUUUCCAAAUCACAGGGGUGUUUGGUGCAUUAAACCCAAAAUAAUUUAAUCGCGAGUAAUAAUUACCAACUCGCAGUUCAUUAAGAGCAUGGCAUGACAAAGCAUGACAGAUAUGAUCUGUUACGCGCUAUACCGGCGCGUGAUAUGCACUUCAACAGCUCUGGCCUCGGAGUGACUCGAAGCGGAUGUAUAUGGACUUUCAGUGGACUUGUCAUCUCUAUCUUGCUUCCCAUUUGUUACAGAGGAAAAGUUUCACAACAGUCUCUUCCCAACUUUUUACAUUUUGCCUUUUUCAACUUUCCUCUCAUCCAGCUAUUGUCGGGGUCCGAGCGUUUUCCACCUUCUAUCUAGAUUAUACUUUUAAACCACGUGUUAAUAUGGCCGCUAAUCACCCCUUGCUAAGCCUCCCCUUAUAAAAUCUCAGCUUUAUGUCUGCUUAUCCUCAUCAUUUCCUCAUAAUUCACCAGCAGCUAGGUAUCUUCAUUCUUCUGUUGCUUUGGGGCAGUAUUGAGAGAAGAAUGUAAAUAUAGGUACCUAUUAUACUUUUUCGUUUUCUGCUUCCAAGUACAAGAGGUGUGGUAUCAGGUUGAAGAGACCCCUCACACAUUGUGGGGACUAUGCCUUUUUAAAAAAGAAAGAAAAGAACUUUUGUUUAUUUUUUCAUAUCCGUAUUGGUUGUGCAGAUGUUUGCCUACCCAAGAACAGUAGAUUGAGGAUGAAGUGGUAUUCGGGAUCCAUGUGUGGAAAGAGAUCUGCUAUGGUCUGCUUGGUUCUGAAGAUCUUGUUAGUUUAUCUCUUGCUUUUGGCUGUUCAAUUUUCUUAUGGGGCUAACCCAGGAGAUGUUGCUGCAAUUAUGACUUUGUAUACUGCUUGGGGGUCUCCUCCUCUUCCUGGAUGGGGUGUUGAUCAAGACCCUUGCAAUGGGAAAUGGCAAGGUGUCAUAUGCGAGGAUACAAGUAUAGCUUCAAUUACAAUCAAUAGUGCAAAUUUGAGAGGUGAAUUAGGGGAUAAAUUAGGAGCAUUUUCUUCUAUCAAAACGAUUGAUCUGAGCAAUAAUUUGAUUGGAGGAUCAAUUCCAUCAUCACUACCGGUUACCUUGCAAAACCUUUUCCUUUCAGAUAACCAGUUUACUGGAAGUAUUCCCGAAUCUUUGUCUUCCCUGACUCAAUUAUCAGCCAUGUCUCUGAAUGAGAACCAUUUGACUGGAGAUAUUCCUGAUGCCUUUCAAGGACUUACUGCCUUGGUCAAUUUAGAUUUAUCUACUAACAACUUAAGUGGGAGAUUGCCGCCAUCACUAGGAAACACAUCUGCAUUGACAACUCUUCAUUUGCAGAACAAUCAACUUUCUGGUUCCCUUGAUGUAUUGCAAGAUCUCCCCCUCAAAGAUUUAAAUAUAGAAAAUAACCAGUUUUCUGGCCCAAUACCACAGCAACUCCUGGCAAUUCCAAAUUUCAAGAAGGAUGGAAAUCCUUUCAACAGCAGCAGUGUUCCUCUACUUCCACCACCCUCCAUGACACCUCCUCCAGUACCACCAUUCUUUUCUAGGGGCCCCACUUCUGCACGCCCCCCACCGAAGUCUGAAAGCAAACCUCCAAAACAGGCUGAUGGACCAUCGGCAUUGGGCCAAUCAAAUUCCAAUAGGAGCAAAAAGUCAACCAAAAAAAGGGUAGUUUUGAUAUCCAUUGCAUCAGUGUUGUCCUUCAUAAUGCUGGUAUUAGCUAUACUGCUUUGUUUACCCAAGCGCCAGAGGGAAAGACCAGUGACUCAAAGAAUUCCCAAACGGCAUGAAAUAGCUCCAUAUACAGGACCUAGAGAGAGCACCUUGGAGAGUGGCUCCUUGGAGCAACCUGGCUCUGAUAUAGAGAAAGCUCCUCCAACAGUAAGGCCAAAAGAGGAGGAACGUUCAAGAAGGCCAGCAAUUAUAGAAACCCUUAGGGCUUUGCCAAAGGACAACAAUGAGAUUAAUCCGGGCAGAUUUGAUAUUGAUUUGAUGAUACCGCCACAGCCGCCGCCACCUCCACCAGUAGAAGAGAGGGUUGUUGUUCUACCAAUCCCACCUGCUGAAGAAGCUGUACAGAAGCGCUCGAACAGGCCACUACCUCCUACCUCUGCAAAGACAUACACAAUAGCUUCUCUUCAGCAAUAUACUAACAGCUUUUCUCCAGAUAACCUUAUUGGAACUGGAACUCUAGGAGAUGUUUAUAAGGGAGAACUCCCUGGUGGCAAGUUUCUUGCUGUCAAGAAACUGGACAAAAGGGUUUGCAGCCAACCGGAGGAUGAGUUUUUUGACCUAGUAAACAAUAUUGAUAGGAUUCGGCAUGCUAAUGUUGUGGAGCUCAUGGGAUACUGUGCAGAGCAUGGUCAAAGGCUACUUGUUUAUGAAUAUUGCAGUAACGGGACAUUGCAGGAUGCAUUGCACUCUGAUGAUGAGUUCAAAAAGGAUUUUUCAUGGAAUGUGCGCAUUAGGAUGGCUCUUGGAGCUGCAAGAGCAUUGGAGUAUCUGCAUGAGGUAUGUGAUCCCCCAAUCGUACACAGAAACUUCAAGUCUGCAAAUGUCCUCCUUGAUGAUGAGCUGGCUGUUUAUGUGUCCGAUUGUGGUUUGGCUCCAUUGAUAUCAUCAGGAGUUGUCAGUCAGUUGUCGGGACAACUUCUUACAACCUAUGGUUAUGGUGCACCGGAAUUUGAGUCUGGGAUUUAUACUCUAAAGAGUGAUGUUUAUAGUUUCGGGGUGGUGAUGUUGGAACUCUUAACGGGCAGAAUGUCAUAUGACAGGUCACGGGCUCGUGGUGAGCACUUCUUGGUCAGAUGGGCUAUACAUAAGCUCCACGAUAUUGAUGCCUUGGCAAAGAUGGUCGACCCAUCUCUUCAUGGAAAGUACCCUGUAAAAUCAUUAUCCCACUUUGCUGACAUUAUUUCACGAUGUGUUCAGCCUGAGCCAGAGUUCAGGCCACAAAUGUCACAAGUUGUGCAAGACAUCAUAGAAAUGAUAAGGAGGGAAUCUGACCAAGAGAUUUGAUGAUGAGUUAGUACAUUAAGUAGUGCCACAUUGGAAAAUUAAGGACAAUGAAAAAUCAAGAAUGGAUUUUGAACUUGUUGGGAAGCCAACUACUACUGUGUAACCAAAACGAAAAUGGUGCAGACCAGCAGCAUUGCACAAACAAGGUCUUGUGUUGAUAUACCAACCCACUCCAAGUAUCUACCUUUUAGUUUUUCUUUGUUGCACCUAUCCCAUGGUGUAGUUUUUUUUUUUUUCCUUUGUAACUUGAAAAUGUAUUAAUUUAGUAUUCAUUUAGGCAAUGUGUUGUCCAUGAUGCAUAAGCUCGCUAACCUAUUGGUUUAACAGGCGGCAUUUUCUAUUUGUUACCCUGUAUCUACUGGUUAGUGAAAUUUUGAAGUUGUAUUUGUAUUAAAGCUUCAAUAAAGUUCUACUGAGAAUAUUGUCCCUUUCUUUUAAAAGAAGAAUGCUUGUUUUUAAAGAAUAGAGGUCUACGGGCGGCUCCGGUACAAACUAUGUUUAUGGUGCAAAACUUUGUAUAAUGCAUCUUUACACUAUGUUUAUUAGUUUUAUUGCCAAAAU